GAAACCAAUCACUGUGCUAUACAACCAUCUAAAAGCCCAAAAUGUUAAAUGUCCAAACUUUAUUAACCCUUCACUCUUCUAAAUUAGGGUUUUAUAAACAUCACUGCUGAACUUCGCCAUUUCCCUCAUUUUCCCAAAUCUCUGCCUCGCUUCCAUCAUGCCGAAGCAGAUUCAUGAGAUAAAGGAUUUCCUUCUGACUGCCAGAAGGAAAGAUGCGCGUUCCGUGAAGAUCAAGAGAAGCAAGGAUGUUGUGAAGUUCAAGGUUCGCUGCUCCAAGUAUCUCUACACUCUUUGUGUCUUCGAUUCCGAGAAGGCUGACAAGUUGAAGCAGUCUCUUCCACCAGGUUUGAGCGUGCAAGAUCUUUGAGCUAGUGGAGUUGCUGUUUCAUUUAGUAGCUGUUAGGCAAUUGGAAUCCGCUGUUUUUGGUUUAUCAAGUUUGCAACUAGUGGAAUGCUUUGUACUCUGUUUGAACGUCAUGCUUGAAAGAUACGAUUUUGCCCCUAAACUCUUAUUGUAUUUGAUCGUUUAAUAUUAUGACACAUUUAUCAUGUUUAUUGAUGA